GUCAUUUAUUCCUUCUAUAGCCACAUAAAGUACAACUUCCCCUUGUUCUUGCUUUUGCUUCUCUUUCUUUGUAUUCCUCUGCCUUUCUCUCUCUCUCUCAAUCUUCUCUCUAGAGAUCAGUAAAGCUAAAAGCAGGGAGGAGAUCCGUCAGUGCUACUGCUAAUGCAAUGCCAAUCCUGAGAUAAAAGCAACGCGCUAAGUGAACACUCAAAUAUGCAUGUGUGUGAGUGCAAAGCACAAGCUCUGACCCGCUAAAAGCUUUGUUGUUUUGAUUCCCUCUAGCUGAAGGCAGUUAUUUAAAACAUCACUUCUUGUGCUCCAGCGUUGCCCUUUUCACUUGUGUGUAUGAGCCGGUGUGCCUGUGUGUGUCUGUGCAGUGUAUUUAUCCUGAGUCAUACUUCAUACUCUUAUCAUAUCACUUCUGCAAUGCCACCGCAGAACCAGUCAAUAUUUGUCUAGACGGAGAGGGAGAGCUUAGCUGCUAAUGGAGUGGAUAAUAUUAUAGCAAGCAGGGGAAAAGGAAGAAGAAAACAUCAAGGUGUUAUAUCAUGAUGAUGUAACUGCUUUCUGUCAGAAUUUGUAAUGUGGAAACUAGUCAUUAUUGCUGCAACAAUUCAGAUGUGAAUCGGGAGUUCAGGUUUCAUUUUGUUCAUGUUGCAGCACUGCUGUAACGAUGUGAAUGAGAACAAGGUGUACUUCACCUUCAGUAGGGCACAGAACAGGGAACCAGAGCGACAUUCAAGGUUUUUAGAUUGAGGAUUACACAUUAACGGCUUUAAUUUGGGUUAAAUGCUCCUAAAAAAUUGGACUCCUGAGAUCACGGGACUCUGGGUGUAGAGAUUGGCUUUUCAGUUCACCUUUUCCUUUCCACUUAAAAACUGCUUAAAAAUAACAUUUAAAUUGGAUACCUUUUGCAAAAGUGUUAGAUAGAUAGAUAGAUAUUUUGAUGCUCACUACAUCUGUAGAAAUAAGUGCACUUUGUGUGUUGUGCCAGAGAAUAGUAUGAAUUCAAUUUAACAAAUCAAAUUUCCGUUUGAUUAGAAUCUUUUUUUCAUCUAAGCCACCAGAUUUGCAGCAAAUAACAGUUUCUUAGCAAAAGCAAGUCUUUGAGUACUAAAAUAUGAGAGCAUGAAUGUCUAUAGUAACCUAUUGUAUAGUGUUUUUGAGAAAAUCUAAAUCAAUGUGCAUGUGUCUGUGUGUGCACCACUAUGACUUGUGUGUAAAGACGAAGAUAUAGUUUGCGGGAAGGCUGAGGUGCCAACUGGGUCAAUAGAGGGAGGGAAUGAGUACCGGGAAAGGGUGAUAACGCUGAGCAGCAAGGUGAUAAAGGGGAGAGAGAAAUUGGAGCAUCGCCCCUCCCUCCUGCUCUUGCCAUCUGAUGUCGAGACAGUGUUGCUAGGGGCAACCAUCUGAGCAAGAGUAAGAAGGAAAUGAAGAGACCAGCUGGUACAAGAACAGAGUGAGCCAAACUGCAUCAGCAAAGAGGAGAGAAACCUGCAUGUCUUGCCUCACUCUGCCUUGCUUGACUGAGCAGAGCUGAUCAAAGCAGAGCUCCAGAUGACGACGACGAAGCAAAACAGUCAAGCAGAGGACAUGACAGCCUGCCAGCAUCAGCAGCACAGAGGCUGGCUGCCCAAUCACCAGCUGACAUGCUCAUGAGUUCAGCAGCCAAUGAGCUGCCAGGAGGCUCCUCCCCAGCACAACCACUCAGAUGCCCGGCUCAGAUCUCUUAUUAAUGAAUGGAGCAGUUCCCAGGCUGGAUCACUGCACAUCUCUGCACUCUCUGCUCGGCUGCUCUCCGCUCUGACACAGGAAGACGGGGGGGAAAACAUCAACAGCGACGACAAGGACAACAGCAGCAGCACAGGACGAGUUAACAAGUGGCCAUGGAGGGACGACAAAGAAACACAGACACCCAUGAUGAGGACUCAACCGAAGGCAUAGCAGCAGCUAUUCAAAACAAGGACCCACAUCCUGAUAUCCAGCCACCGGACUCACCUUCUCCAUCAUCAUCUUCUCCCCCUCUUCCUCCAUUAGCCAUGCCACCUUCCACAUCUGCCUCUGCUCUCCUGGCACUGGCCUCUCCAGCCACCAGGCGCUCCAUUUCCAUGGGAGACUUCCGGCGGGUGACAGGGGCUCUGCGAACCGGUUCCGAACCCCCGUCCACCUCCGCCACGGCCCCCUCCUCCAAACUUGUAACCCCCAGCUCCAGCAUGGAGUUCGAGGCGGCUCGACGGCGCCUCCUGGAGGUAGAGGAGCGUCAACGCGUCAUCAGAGAGAUGGAGCGACGGCUGGAGGAGCUCCGGCAGGUGUUUGUGCAUUCGGAGCAGGAGGUGGUGGUUCACGGGGAGGUGGUGUCGCGGAUAUCUGGUGCAGCCCAGCAGGGGGAGCUGUACGUGGUAGAGAACAGCCAACGGCUGAAGAAAGGCCUGAAGUUCAAGAAACAUCGACCCACCAUCGUCUUCUCCUCCAUGCUGGGACUCCGCACGUGCCUCCCCUGGCCCUCGAAGUUCAAAUAGGACAAUAGAGACAUUUCCACCAUCGCUUUAGAAAUGUGCUUUUUGGAGGAUAGAUCUCCAUUCUUAAGCUAUCACUCAUUGACACGGCUGCUCUUGUCUCCACCUCUCUGCUCUUGUAUCCUGAGGCUGGUCCUCCAGGUCUUUAGCGUGCCUACAAUAAUCAUAAAUGCUACUAAGCAGCUUCCUGUUUGGUGGAGGUACUUCUCUGGUUAGCAAACCAAUCAAACCAGGACCAGUGCAAGGUGGUAUUAUGUCUAAAGAUUUUUUUGCUGCUUGCAGUUUGGUGUGGUGUUGGACUUGAGGAGAGAUUGUGUAUUGAUAUAGAAUCGGAUGAGUCAUUUUUCAGGUGAUGUGGGAGGAGAGGUUCAGACUGUCCUGUGAGGUAACAAGAGCUUUGUUGUAAUGUCUCUUGACUUAUGCAGCAAUGAAUGAAAAGCCAAUGAGGAUUACAUUAUUAUUAUGUAAUGUUAACCUUUUCAGGGGAGGGGGGGUGUAAGAGGGAAAAUAGAUGAAUAGACAGAAGAAAGUGCUGAACAAUCUGCCUCUCCAACAUGUCUAGAGAGAAGUGAAGGGCAGUGAAAGAGGUGCUAUAAUAGGGAUUGCUGCACUGUUACAUAAAACCAAGGAUGCAGCAGUAAAUAGGCGGGAUAAAUUGAAACGAGUCCGGAAAAGAGAAAAUGCACAAAGUGUGGAAUUCAGAUGGCUGAGACAAAACGUGCCUUGGCUUCUCUGUGACCACUCGUCCACUACCACAACCCCUGUUUUCGGCAGCAUAAUCGAGGGAAAGCACGCAAGCAGGAGAGGAGUUCAAGGUGGGACGGUUCCACCUGUGGCCUCUUUUUAUCCAGUCACCUAGCAACCACUCGUCUCUCCAUCCUAAAUCCGCCUCCACAAACGUACAGAAUGUAUCCAGCAGAGCACUGUAACUAAAACAAUACUAGACAGCUGUAGAGGUCUCCUGAAGGAUUCAGGAACAUUUAUUCAAAAUGAAUUAGAACUGGCUAUGUAGUCAAAAAUGUGAUUUGCUAAAAGCUUUUGUUGAACCAGCUCAUUUAUUUGAUGAUUAGGAGUUGCACUUAAAGUUAAGCCAUGCAUGCAUUAGUGAGGAAAGCCAACAUGGGCCAUCACUGUUUGCUGAUUGUGUCUUGGCAUUGUAUGUAACAAUGGCAAGCUAUUUAGAGGUGUAGUUUUGCCCAAUAGAAAGACACAAGUUUAGUGUUUAGUGUGCACAAUAAUAGCUUCAUUGAUAUAAUCAGCUUUUUUGUGGCAUAUAAUGAAGUUAGACAAUAUUUCUUUAUUCAGGGUUUGAAUGUCAAAGCCGACCGGUUUGUUUGGUUAAUUUUAUAGAUCAAUGAGUAAUUAUGCAUCUUUGUCCCAUAUUUAGUGGAUGACCUGAUUUCUACAUAUAGAUCACUCUCAUUUUUGGCCUAAUUCUUCUCCUUCACAUUUCUCUUCUAUUUGGAUUAGCAAAGUAUCUCUUGUAUUCAGCUACUCCACCAAUUCCUUGCUUCAGCUGUGCGUGUGUAGAAAGCACAGCCAAUACACCAGGGAUUUCUAUUUUUGGCAUUCGAAGGUUAUGGCAGAGAGGCAGGCAUUCAAUCUCAUUCGUUGGGG